CCCAAAACGGACAAACAAGCCUUGUCUGGUUACAAAUACACCCGCAAUUUGCACACUUGUCCCACAUCCCAGACCCAGCACAUAUACUCACUGGUGGGUCAAGAUGAAGCUUGUGUGUGUGACGCAGCGCUUCCAGGCAUGCCAUCGGAAUUCCCCGAUUUUCUUUGUCUGCAGCAUUCUUUAUUGCCGGGCUGGCUCCCAGUCGCUUUCCUCUCUUCAACAUGGCACUCGGGGUCGUUAUGGAGCAGCCAGAUCAUUCGAGCGAGUCUCAGGUGGAAGAGAAGGCCUCAGUGCCAGCGGUCAAAGAUGAUAGGCUCGAUACGUCUCACAGUCAUCGGGAGGAACUGAGAUCCCCAGACGAGGAAGACCCUGGCAAUGCAACUCCGGUAAUGGCAUACAGAAAAAGCUUCGUCACUAUGACAUUUCGUCGUUUCAUGGGUUUCGUGGCCAUGGCUUUCUUGUGGACAGGCAGUCAGAUUCCAGUCUAUUUAUUUGGAGGCAUCCCACCCUAUAUAUAUCGUUCGAUUGGAGGCCCCGAUAGAUGGAUCUGGCUUGUUCUUUCAAAUUUGCUGGCUCUCGCUGGCGUGUGUCCCUUCGUUGGCUCACUUUCUGAUCUGAUCGGUCGUCGCUAUGUCGCCAUCAUUGGGGCUUCUCUCGUCUGCCUUGGCAUGAUCGUCUGCAGCACGGCAAAUACGAUGAAUACCUUUAUUGGUGGAAUGGCAAUUGCAGGUGCAGGCGCUGGAGUCAAUGAACUAACAGCGCUCGCCGCAACCUCGGAGAUGGCACCAACCCGCAAACGAGGGAAAUACGUAGCCGUAUUGAUAUUCUCAAUAUUGCCGUUUUGUCCAGCCGUUCUCUGGGCCCAGCUUCUUGCAUACCACCGCAGCUGGCGUUAUGUCGGAGCCCUCUGCGGUGCCUGGAAUGGAUUUGGCCUGUUGAUUACCCUCUUAUUCUACUUCCCACCACCGCGAGUCAAUUCAUCUGGGUUGAGCAAAGCAGAAAUCAUCAAAAGGGUUGACUAUAUAGGGGGUUUCUUGAGUAUUUCCGGUAUGAUUGUCUUCAUGGCCGGUAUGCAAUGGGGUGGGUAUCAGUAUACUUGGACAUCAGCUCAUGUCCUUGUUCCACUCAUCCUCGGCUUUGUCAUUCUCGUUGUCUUCGGGUUCUGGGAAGUCUAUGGCGCCAAAUAUCCCAUCUUCCCUACCCGUCUGAAACAAGAACCACGUACCCUGGGCCUCACAUUGGUCAUCACAUUCAUUUCCGGUGCCAACUUUUUCUCUGUAAUCAUGUUCUGGCCCACAGAGUCCUUCAACGUAUACGGCCACGAUCCUGUUGCAGUCGGUGUCCGAAGCCUACCUAUUGGCUUUGGAAUUUUGGGUGGUGCUUGCAUCAUCCUAUGGUUGCUGAGUAUUUUGCGAGGCCAUAAUAAGGAGCUAUUGAUUCUUAGCAGCCUUCUCAUGACAGCAGGCUGCGGAGCUCUAUCAGUUGGACGUAUUGAUAAUCUUUACCAACUUUGGGGAUUACUCACCUUGGCUGGACUGGGUAUAGGAGGAAUCGUGGUUCCAGCUUCUAUCAUCACCACUAUCAUAUGCCCAGACGACCUAAUCGCCACAGUUUCCGCCCUAACCCUCUCAAUCCGUGUUAUCGGUGGUAGCAUCGGUUACACGAUCUACUACAACAUUUUCAUCUCCAAAUUCAUCCCCAAUGCCACCCACUACAUUGGCGGAGUUAUGAUGACAAACCUCAAUAUAACCAACACUGCCUAUAUUGCCGAAGCAGUCGAGCUCACUGGUGCCUCCCUAUUAGAGGAGCUACGCCAGAUCCCCGGCAUUCGGGGGAAUGAGGCUGCAUAUGAUGCUGUCGUGCUGGCUGGGAGGAUUGCCUACGCUGAGAGCUACAAGUGGGUUUAUUAUGCUAGCAUUGGAUUUGGAGGUGUUUCGAUCCUCGCGGCUUGUUUCUUGGGUAGUAUCAAGCAUUAUAUGAAUGAUCAUGUUGCGGUAGUUAUGUGAAAAGGCGAAGGCUAUGUGAAGCCAAAAUUUUUGAUGUACAUAGGCAUGGUAGGACGGGUUGGAUUUCUUUUCAUUAUCAUUUAGCCACCUGAGUGGAGUAUGGUCAUGAUGUGGAUUAAUAGGAUAUAAUCUAUGGUAUCAAUUCGUGCUGUGCUGAAAGAAAAACAAGUAGGAAAUCAUUAGGAAAAUACGCCAAGGGCUAACAAAAAAUGCCCCGACCACAUUAGAUCAAAACUCCGGGGGUAUACAAUAGAAUGUUAUGUAGCAAUGCUCCAUAAAAGCCCUGACGAGACAUGCGUAUGCAUUAUCUGUUCUCCACUUGGCUCAUCGAAGUCUUCUUGGGGACAAAAGUACUGGUCGCUGGUUUUGCUUUGCGCUUGUCUUCCUUUGGGCGUAAGCCUCGGCUCAAGCCACCACCCAGGCCUCGAGCGAGAGAUGCGAAUGGAGACGCUUGCC